AUGGCGACCACGUCAAAUAUGUUCCUCUACUCGCUAACGAUCCAGCCGCCGACGGCUAUCACGAAUGCGAUCCUCGGUCAGUUCUCCGGCACGAGGCAACAGCAGAUCCUCACGGCCUCAGGCUCUCGAUUGACCCUCCUUCGCCCAGAUCCGAAUUUGGGCAAGGCGACAUCAGUCGUCUCGCACGAUAUCUUUGGCAUAAUCAGAUCUAUCGCCUCAUUCCGCCUUGCUGGAGGUACCAAGGACUUCAUCAUCCUAGCCACUGACUCGGGGCGCAUCGCCAUCAUCGAGUACCUCCCGGCUGAAAACCGCUUCUCUCGCAUUCAUCUGGAGACCUUUGGGAAGUCUGGCGUGCGCCGUGUCAUCCCGGGCCAAUUUCUCACUGUUGAUCCAAAAGGUAGAGCCUGCCUCGUCGCCUCUGUCGAAAAGAACAAGCUUGUUUACGUUUUCAACCGCAACACCCAGGCCGAACUCACCAUAUCCUCACCUCUCGAGGCGCACAAGCCUGGAAUCCUCGUCUUGUCUCUUGUUGCUCUCGACGUUGGCUAUGCGAACCCCGUAUUUGCAGCUCUAGAGAUGGACUCCACUGACUUAGACCAGGGAGUCGAAACUCAACUUGUCUAUUAUGAGCUGGAUCUAGGCUUGAAUCACGUCGUCCGCAAGUGGGCUGAAACCGUCGACCCGACUGCCUCUCUGCUCUUCCCAGUCCCGGGCGGAAACAAUGGGCCGAGCGGCGUGCUUGUAUGUGGAGAGGAAAAUAUCACAUACAGGCAUUCAAAUCAAGAGGCUUUCCGCGUGCCUAUCCCGAGACGGCGAGGCGCUACAGAAGACCCUCAGCGGAGGCGCACUAUCGUUUCAGGGGUAAUGCACCAGCUUAAGGGUAGUGCUGGUGCCUUCUUCCUUCUCCUUCAAACAGAAGAUGGAGAUAUUUUCAAGGUGACCCUCGACAUGCUCGAAGAGAACGGCAAGCUGACUGAAGAAGUCAAAUGCAUCAAGGUCAAGUAUUUUGAUACUAUCCCGGUUGCCAACAGCCUUUGCAUUCUUAAGAGUGGGUUCCUCUUUGCCGCCAGCCAGUCCGGGAACCAUCAGUUCUAUCAGUUCGAGAAGCUCGGCGAUAAUGAUGAAGAACCUGAGUUUACCAGCGACGACUUUCCUGCUGACCACCAGACUCUCUACAGCCCUGUUUACUUUAACCCUCGGCCUUUGGAAAACCUGGCAUUGGUCGAAAGUAUCGAUUCAAUGAGUCCACUUAUCGAUUGCAAAGUUGUGAACUUGACUGGAGAGGAUGUUCCUCAGAUAUACUCAGUAUGCGGUAAUGGCGCCAGAAGCACUUUCCGCGUACUAAAGUAUGGCUUGGAAGUCAACGAAAUUGUGGCUUCCCAGCUCCCUGAAACACCUUUGGCAGUCUGGACCACAAAACUUACUGCGGAUGAUAAGUACGACUCCUAUAUUAUCCUGACAUUUUCGAACAUCACUUGGGUUAUGAGCAUUGGUGAGACGGUGACACAAGUCACUGACUCUGGCUUUCUCGAACAAGCCCCAACUCUUGUAGUCCAGCAACUUGGCGACGAUGGUCUUGUCCAGAUCCACCCGAAAGGAAUUCGCCAUAUUCGAAACGGACAAGUAAACGAAUGGCCAGCGCCCCAACACCGGUCUAUAGUUGCUGCUGCGACAAAUAAGCAGCAGGUAGCUAUAGCUCUCAGUUCGGGGGAGAUCGUCUAUUUUGAGAUGGACAGCGAUGGAUCUCUUGCUGAGUAUGAUGAGAGGAAGGAGAUCUCUGGGACAGUAACUUGUCUUAGCCUGGGCGAAGUACAUGAAGGACGUUUGAGAAGUUCUUUCCUAGCUGUUGGGUGUGACGACUGCACUGUCAGAGUUCUUAGCUUAAGCCCAGGAUCCAUCCUUGAGAGCAAGUCUGUACAAGCCCUCACAGCAGCACCCUCGGCGCUUUGCAUCAUGACCAUGGAAGACUCCUCUACUGGUGGUUCUACACUUUUCCUACACAUCGGCCUCCAUUCUGGAGUCUAUCUCAGAACAGUGUUGGACGAGAUUACGGGAGAGCUCGCCAACCCACGACAAAGGUUUCUUGGCCCCAAGGCGAUUCACCUUUCCCAGGUGACGGUUCAGAAGCAAACGUGUGUCCUGGCCCUUGGCUCCAGGCCCUGGAUUGGGUAUAUCGACCCGUUUACAACAGGUUUUACCAUGACGCCUCUUAGUUACGAAGAACUGGAGUGGGGAUGGAACUUCAGUAGUGAGCAGUGUGAGGAGGGUAUAAUUGGAAUCCAUGCCAACUAUCUCCGGGUAUUCUCGAUCGACAAACUCGGAAACAACCUCAUUCAAAAAUCGACGGCCCUCACGUAUACGCCACGACACCUUGUCAAGCAUCCUCAACAGCCGUACUUUUACACCAUUGAAUCUGACAAUGGGACGCUGGCACCGGAGCUGCGUGCGCGAUUGCUUGCCGAUCCAAACAAUAGCGACGCCAAGGUACUUCCACCAGAACAGUUUGGUCAUCCUCGUGGCCGCGGUAGGUGGGCAUCCUGCAUCAAUGUUGUUGACGCCAUGAGUGAAGAAGAACCCCAAGUGCUCCAAAGAAUCGACCUCGAAGACAACGAGGCUGCUGUCAGCGCAGCAGUCGUCUCCUUUGCUAGCCAGGAAGACGAGAGCUUCUUGGUCGUUGGUACUGGGAAAGAUAUGGUCCUUAGUCCAAGGCAGUUUUCAGGGGGCUUUAUCCACAUCUAUCGAUUCCAUGAAGACGGCCGGGCUCUAGAGUUCAUCCACAAGACCCAAGUUGAGGAACCACCAAUGGCGCUCAUACCUUUCCAAGGUCGGCUAGUAGCUGGAAUCGGUAAGAUUCUGAGAAUCUACGAUCUAGGCCUAAAGCAAUUACUUCGAAAAGCCCAAGCGACCAUUGCGCCACAGCUGAUCGUAUCCUUACAAAGUCAGGGGAACCGGAUCGUUGUCGGCGACGUCCAGCAAAGCAUAACCAUGGUCGUAUAUAAGCCUGACUCUAAUAAGCUCAUCCCCUUUGUUGAUGACACCAUUGCGCGGUGGACAACUUGUUCCACCAUGGUCGAUUAUGAAUCAGUCGCAGGCGGCGAUAAAUUCGGCAACAUCUGGAUCGUACGCUGUCCCGAAAACACCAGCACGGAAUCUGACGAGCCCGGCUCUGAACUCCGUCUAACUAAUGAGCGAGAGUACCUCCACGGCGCUCCAAGUCGACUUAACCUGGUGGCACACUUCUUCACCCAAGAUAUCCCAACCAGCAUCUACAAGACCAACCUCGCCGUCGGAGGUCGGGAUGUCCUCUUGUGGACUGGCUUACAAGGCACAAUCGGCGUUCUCAUCCCAUUCCUUACCCGCGAGGAUGCCGACUUCUUCCAGACUCUAGAAAUGCACAUGCGCAGCGAAGAUCCACCACUUGCUGGACGCGACCACCUCAUGUAUCGCGGUUACUACGUCCCGGUCAAAGGAGUCAUCGAUGGAGAUUUGUGCGAGCGGUACACGUUGCUGGCUAACGACAAAAAACAGAGGAUUGCCGAUGAGCUUGGUCGCUCGGUAAGGGAGAUUGAGCGAAAGAUUUCGGAUGUUCGAACUCGAUCGGCCUUUUAA